UUUGCUUCAAAAUUUUGUUCACUGAUAGUGAGUUGUGCUUCAGUGCCUGAGAUUGGGCGCAUUGCACGUACUGUUUAAGCUCCUAACGAGAAAUGAGAGCUUCUUUGCUGACUGAUGAUAACCACGGUAUUCAAUGGCAGCCUGCAUAACAUUUGCCGACAGCUGUGUGAGGCAAUGCCACUCCAAGCCAACACCCAGCCCCUCCUCCCAGUGAUAUUACCGUGAAUGUUAUUUGUGGGUCAUUCCAGCAACUCCACACAUAACGCACAAAAGGACACAGGCCAGAGUAUUGUACAGCUACCUGGAACGUUUGGAUGAGAGGCCUUAUGAGAGAAAGAGGAAGACAAAUAUAGGAGCAGCACAAUGACAUCGGCCACAGAUUUUGAUAAUGUGGAGAUUCAACAGCAGUACAGCCACAUUAAUGCUCGCUGGGAACUCUCGGAUGAAGGUGAACUCGAUAACGACAACAGCUCGGCAAGGUUGUUUGAGCGUUCCAGGAUCAAAGCUCUUUCAGAUGAACGUGAAGUGGUGCAGAAGAAGACCUUUACAAAAUGGGUGAACUCCCACUUGGCACGCGUAACCUGCCGCAUUACAGAUCUGUACACUGACCUCCGAGAUGGCCGUAUGUUGAUUAAACUGCUGGAAAUUCUCUCAGGAGAGCACUUGCCAAAGCCAACCAAAGGUCGGAUGCGCAUACAUUGUUUGGAAAAUGUGGACAAGGCUCUUCAGUUUCUGAAAGAACAGAAAGUGCACCUGGAAAAUAUGGGGUCACAUGACAUUGUUGAUGGGAGCCACAGGCUUACACUUGGUCUCAUCUGGACCAUCAUCCUUCGUUUCCAGAUCCAGGAUAUCACCGUAGAGACACAUGACAACCGUGAAACACGAUCAGCAAAGGACGCCCUCCUACUUUGGUGCCAGAUGAAAACAGCAGGGUAUCCCAAUGUCAACAUAAGAAACUUCACGUCAAGCUGGAAGGAUGGAAUGGCAUUUAAUGCCCUCAUCCACAAACACAGGCCUGAUCUGGUUGAUUUUAAUAAAUUGAAGCAGUCUAAUGCCACGUACAACUUACAACAGGCCUUUAACAUUGCCGAACAACAGCUAGGUGUAACCAAGUUGCUUGAUCCUGAGGAUGUUUAUACGGAGAAUCCAGAUGAGAAGUCAAUCAUUACCUACGUGGUAGCAUUUUACCAUUACUUCUCUAAGAUGAAAGCAUUGGCAGUGGAGGGGAAAAGAAUUGGAAAGGUGUUGGACAAUGCAAUUGAAACGCAGAAAAUGAUCGACAAAUAUGAACAACUAGCAUCUGACUUGCUAAUCUGGAUUGAGCAAACCAUCAUUGUCCUCAACAGUCGGAAGUUUGCCAACUCAUUGGCUGGAGUGCAACAACAGCUACAGGCCUUCAACACUUACCGCACAGUAGAAAAACCUUCCAAGUUCCAGGAGAAGGGUAAUCUCGAGGUGCUACUGUUCUCUAUCCAGAGCAGGAUGAGGGCAAACAAUCAGAAAGUGUAUACACCGCAUGAGGGGAAGCUCAUCUCCGAUAUUAACAGGGGCUGGGAACGGCUGGAGAAAGCAGAGCACGAACGUGAGUUGGCCCUGAGAAAUGAACUUAUCAGACAAGAGAAACUGGAGCAGCUGGCUCGCCGUUUUGACCGCAAGGCACUUAUGAGAGAGACGUGGCUAUGUGAGAAUCAGCGGCUUGUUUCGCAGGAUAAUUUUGGCUAUGAUCUGUCUGCUGUGGAAGCAGCUAUGAAGAAGCAUGAGGCAAUCGAGGCUGAUAUUGCUGCUUAUGAAGAACGUGUGCAGGCCCUUGUGGAUGUGUCACUGGAACUGGAGGCUGAAAAUUACCAUGAUAUUAAACGUAUUAAUGCCAGAAAGGACAACAUUAUGCGGCUGUGGGAGUACCUGUUGGAGCUGCUUAAUGCGAGGCGAGCAAGACUGGAAAUGAACUUGGCCCUUCAGAAGAUUUUCCAGGAGAUGCUUCAUAUCAUUGAUUGGAUGGAUGAAAUGAAAGUACGACUGCUAUCACAGGAUUUUGGUAAACAUUUAAUGGGUGUGGAGGACCUGCUUCAAAAACAUACACUGGUGGAAGCUGACAUUGCGAUUCAAGCAGAUAGAUUGAAGUUGGUUAAUGCAGGAGCCCUCAAAUUUGCUGAAGGCGAAGGUUACACCCCUUGUGAUCCCAAUGUGAUCAAAGAUCGUGUCAACCACCUGGAACUGUGUUACGAGGAGCUUUGUGUGUUGGCUGCUGAGCGGAAAGCUCGUCUGGAGCAGUCCCGUUGUCUUUGGAGGUUCUUCUGGGAGAUGGCGGAGACUGAGGGCUGGAUUCGGGAAAGAGAGCAGAUCUUCUCUUCGCAGGAUUACGGAAAAGAUAUCACCAGUAUUGUGAUUCUGCAAAGCAAGCAUAAGGCACUGGAGGAUGAGUUGGGCGGCCUCAGCACGCACCUGCAGCAAACAAUUAAAGAAGGCCGAGAUAUGAUUGCACAGAAACACUUUGCUUCGCCUGAGAUCAAGAAACGGAUAGACGAGGUCCUUGCCAUGUGGAAGGAUUUGGAGGAGCUGGCUGCCUUCCGCAAGCAGAACCUUCAGGAUGCACAGAAUUUCUUCCAGUUCCAAGUGGAUGCAGACGAUGUCAAAAUCUGGUUGCAGGACACAUAUCGCAUCGUGUCUUCUGAUGAUGUUGGUCAUGAUGAAUUUUCCACACAGACACUGGUGAAGAAACAUAGGGACCUUACAGAUGAGAUCAUGAAGUCUGGGAUAGCUAUUGAUGCUCUGAACAAACAGCUCCAGAGCCUUCCAGAGGAGUUCAGGAAAUUACCAGAAAUAAAGGACAGACAGUGGGAGAUAAAGGAGCUAUAUGCUGAUCUCGUGGCUCUAGCUGAUCUCCGGAGGCAGCGUCUACAGGACGCCCUUGCUCUCUAUAUAAUGUUUAGUGAAGCUGAUGCUUGUGAAUUGUGGAUGAAUGAGAAGGAGAAGUGGCUGGAAGGAGUAGAGAUUCCAAAGAAACUUGAUGAUCUGGAAGUAGUGGAGCACAGGUUUGAAACCCUGGUACAGGAAAUGAACAAUUUGGGAUCUCGGAUCAAUGAAGUAAAUAGUACAGCAAACCACUUGGUAGAGACUGGCCACCCAAGUACACAAGAGGUGAAAGACUGUCAGGAUCAUGUGAACUUCAGAUGGCUGCAGUUUCAGAAGUUGGUAGAUAUGAAAAAGAAUGAUGUUCAGUCUGCAUUAAGCCUUCAGAAUUAUUGUCUUGAGUGUGAUGAAACCAAGGUCUGGAUUUGUGAGAAAACCAAACUCAUCGAAUCAACUCAGAGCUUGGAAAAAGACCUACCCGGUGUCCUAGCCAUUCAAAGGAAGUUGUGUGGCAUCGAGAGAGAUCUAGCUGCCAUAGAAUCAAGACUUCCAGAGUUGCAGAAGGAGGCCCACAGACUGGCAGAUCAGCAUCCUCAUCAUGCUGCAGAUAUCUUGAAACGGCUUAAGGAAAUCAAUGAUGUUUGGGACGAACUGAAACACACUCUUCAAGGUCGUGAGGAAUCACUUGGUGAGGCCAGCAAACUGCAGAAAUUCCUACAGGAUUUGGAUGACUUCCAGUUGUGGCUCUCCAAAUCACAAAAAGCUAUCGCUUCUGAAGAUGAGCCAAACUCCUUGCCUGAAGCUGAAACUCUCCUCCGACAACAUAAUGCCAUCAAAAAUGAGAUAGAUCGCAAUUUGGAAGAAUACCAGAAGAUACAGGAGAAUGGGAAAAUGAUAACCGAGGGUGAAACAGACCCGCAAUUUCAAAUAUUAAAGCAGCGUUUGGAAGGAGUGGACACUGGUUGGAAUGAACUUCUUCAGAUGUGGGAAAACAGAAAAAAUCUUCUGUCUCAGUCUCACGGGUAUCAGCAGUUCCUCCGAGACAGCAAGCAAGCAGACAGUAUCCUUCGCAAUCAGGAAUACAGUUUAGUGCACGUUGAAAUGCCAAAGACACUGGAGGCAGCUGAAGAUGUGAUCAAGAAACAUGAAGGGUUUGUAACAACCAUGGAUGCCAACAGGGAGAAAAUCAUUGGGACAAUUAAUGAAGGAGAAAAGUUGAUUAAUGAGGACAAUAACUUUAAAGUCAAAGUGGUUGACAAGAUCCAAGCUAUCAAGGAAAGGUACCAAGAGAAUAUGAAACAGGCAAAAGAAGUGGCAGCCCAUCUGAAAGACAAUCGUGAUCUUCAACAUUUUCUUCAGAAUUGUCAAGAGCUUAUUUUCUGGAUCAAUGAGAAGAUGCUAACCGCCCAGGACACCUCUUACGAUGAGGCUCGCAACCUGCACACCAAAUGGCAGAAGCACCAAGCGUUUAUGGCUGAGUUGGCAUCCAACAAAGACUGGCUGGACAAAGUUGAAAAGGAAGGAAAGAAGCUGAUGGAGGAGAAACCCGAGUUUAAACCACAGAUCUUGGACAAACUGCAAGAAUUGACUGAUCUGUGGAAUGUGUUGGAUGUCACCACUGAGAGUAAGGCAAAGCGCCUUUUCGAUGCAAAUCGGUCGGAACUGUUUGCACAGACCCGUGAUGACCUAAACAAGUGGUUGACUGAGGUAGAGUUACAGCUGCAUUCGGAUGACUUUGGAAAGGACCUGACCAGUGUCAAUAUUCUGCUGAAAAAGCUACAGAUAUUAGAAAAUCAAGUGGACAUGCGAAAGAAAGAGGUGGAGGAGCUUCUUUCUCAGACCAGAAUUCUCUCCCCAGAGGGACUGAUGGAGACAGAUGGGAAAGAACAAGAUAUUGAGAGAAGAUUCUUACAGCUGAUGGGUCCUCUGCAGGAACGGCGCCAAAAGCUCCACCUAUCGAAGAUGACCUACCAGUUUUACAGGGAUCUGGAGGACGAGAUUCUUUGGGUGCAAGAACGAAUGCCUUUAGCUACAAGUACUGACCAUGGCCAUAACCUCCAGACCGUCCACCUAUUGAUGAAGAAGAAUAAGACUUUGCAGAAGGAGAUACAGGGACAUCAGCCACGUAUUGAUGAUGUGUUGGAAAGAGGGGAGGCAAUGAUUGUGGAACAAAGGCCUGACUCGGUUGCUAUCGAGGAACAGUUGAAAGAGUUAAAGGAAUUAUGGAACAAACUGCAAGAAGAAGCAGAGAAAAGACAAAAACGCCUGGAAGGUGCAAAUGAAGCCCAGCAAUAUUACCUGGAUGCUGCAGAAGCUGAAAUUUGGAUGAGUGAGCAAGAGCUAUAUAUGAUUGCUGAUGAGAAAACCAAGGAUGAAGCUGGCGCAACUACAAUGUUGAAGAAACACCUGAUCCUGCAACAGGCCGUACUUGAUUAUGGGAACAUUAUCCGGGAGCUGGCUGACAGGGCCCAGAAACUUCUUACUGAAGAGCACCCUGAGGGUGAGCAGAUCAUUAGGCGCCAGGGGCAAGUGGACAAGCUGUAUGCAGGACUCAGAGAUCUGGCAAAUGAGCGGAAGAAAAAGUUGGAGGAUAUAUGCCAUCUUCUCCAAUUGAACCGUGAGGUAAUGGACCUGGAGCAGUGGAUUGCAGAAAGGGAUGUCGCAGCAUCUUCUCAGGAACUAGGGCAAGACUAUGAUCAAGUUACAUUACUGAGAGAGAAAUUCCGUGAGUUUGCCCGGGAGACAGGAACAAUUGGUCAGGAAAGAGUGGACAGUGUGAAUUUGCUGAUAGACGACCUAAUUGAUUCAGGUCAUUCGGAAGCAGCUGACAUUGCAGAAUGGAAGGACAGCUUGAACGAGGCCUGGGCUGACCUCCUGGAACUAAUAGAUACUCGCACACAGCUCCUGACUGCCUCCUUCGAGCUCCACAAGUACUUCUACGAUGGCAAAGAGCUCCUGAGCCUGAUUCAGGAAAAGCAUGAGGAAUUGCCAGAGGACCUGGGCCGUGAUGCAAACACUGCAGAGUCUUUCCACAGAAUGCACAGUGCAUUUGAACGCGAUAUUCAUUCCCUUGGAAUACAGGUUCAGCAGUUUCAGGAUGAUGCAGGCCAUUUGCAGACAGCGUAUGCAGGAGAUAAAGCUGCUGCCAUCCAGAAACAGGAGCAAGAGGUGGUGGAGGCCUGGAAGGCACUUCUGGAUGCCUGUGAUGGCCGGCGUACCCAGUUGGUUGACACUGCUGAGAAAUUCCGCUUCUUCAGUAUGGUCCGAGAUUUGAUGUCCUGGAUGGAGAGCAUCAUUAGGCAGGUGGAAACAGAAGAGAAGCCACGAGAUGUCUCCUCUGUGGAGCUACUGAUGAAAUACCACCAGGGAAUCAGAGCAGAGAUUGAUGCCAGGAACAGAAAUUUCACUUCCUGCAUUGACUUGGGCAAAACCAUGUUAGCCCGCAAUCAUCAUGCUUCUGAAGAGAUUAAAGACAAGCUGGUACAACUCACAGAGAAGAGAAAAUCAAUGAUGGAUAAAUGGGAGGAGCGCUGGUACUGGUUACGUCUUUUACUGGAAGUGUGUCAGUUUGCAAGAGAUGCUUCCGUUGCUGAAGCAUGGCUGAUUACGCAAGAGUCUUACCUUAACAGCCGUGACAUUGGGAACAGCGUGGAUCAGGUUGAAAAACUCAUCAAGAAGCAUGAGGCAUUUGAAAAAUCGACAGCCACUUGGGACGAGAGGUUUUCUGCACUGGAGAGACUCACCACUUUGGAGUUAUUGGAGAUUCGAAAGAAACAAGAGGCUCUCAGGCAAACCAUGGAGGUGCAGCUACAAUCAGAGUCAGAACUGGAUCAUGAUCAAAUCCCACCUGAUACUGACCAACAACCAGCCAAUCAAACACAUGUGGAAAAGACACAGGAAGAAGAAUGGAAGAUGGAAGGUCCGAAGGGAGCAGAACUAACUCCUCAUGUAACAGAUGAGCCAUCACUGAUAACCACUUCAGAAGAUUUGUCUGCCUUGGUAAAUGGUACUGACAGCCCAGAAGAAAAGACAUUGGAGAGUGAAGAUAAAUCAGAGUUUGAAGAGAAGCUUCGUGAGAGAGCUUCCAAACCUCCACCCUUGGUGUUGUCAGAGCUUGAACUAGAGAAACCCAGAGUUUCAUCCACACUUCCCAUUUUAACUCCGAAAGAACAACCUGCCCAAUGCGAGGGAUACCUUGCACGUAAACAUGAACUAGAAGGACCUAAUAAGAAAGCAUCAAACAGGUCUUGGAUUACCUUAUAUUGUGCCCUGAAGAGUGGUGAACUCUACUUCUAUAAGGAUUCAAAGAAUUUUAGUGCUGGCGUUACAUACCAUGGAGCUGACCCUUUGAAUCUGAAAGGUGCUUCAUGUGAAGUUGCUGCUGAUUACAAGAAGAAAAAGCACGUGUUUAAGCUGCGAUUGAACAAUGGCUCUGAGUACCUGUUCCAUGAUAAGGAUGAGGAAGAGUUGCAUAACUGGAUCCGCAAUCUCAACGCAGCAAUAGCAGAACAGGACAAGCCGCAGAGUACAAGACAUGGUGAAGUCAAGGCACAUACCCUACCUCUCCCGUCUGUGAUCGCUCCAGAAACAAGUCCUGGCAAAAAGGACAAGGAAAAAAGAUUUAGUCUUUUUGCAAAAAAGAAAUGAUCAGUGUUAAAACAAAAAGGAAACAAAAUGUUUAGUGCCUACAUUACAAAAUGGUGGCAGUCAUCAGACUGCACCAGAUUUUGGGGAAUGAGGGAGGACCGUUUCUUCAAACGUAAAUAUACAUUUCAUCUUUAUAGGAAGUGAUGAGAAAGCAUUUUUUUUAAUUUACAGAAACCCUGCAUGUCAUCCCGAACAAAAAAAUGUGCUGAGAAUUAUUUUUUAAAUGACAUACAGUUUAAUUUGUAUUUUGGUGAAACUGCUACAUAUUUUCUUUUCCAAAGUAAGUUCUUACUAGUCUUUGUUAAUGGCCGAGAUAUGUAAAUCUAGAUUAAAUAGAGCUUUAAGAUUACAGCAAAUUACCUAGGCACAUUUUUGGUUCUUGAGCCAGCACAGUAGUGAUUUCUUGUAUUAGGCUAGUCUUUUACACAUUCUGUAAAACAAUUAUGGAACAAUGGGACUCCAAUAACACUGUUUAAGUUAAAUUGCCACUACCAAAGAAUAUUUUUGAAAAAGAGUAUUUAACAAUUCUAAGCUGAGGUCAAUUUAUUUUCAAAGCAAAAUGAAUUAUAAUGUUUUUGGGCAGGAAAUUGUGGAAGAUUGAUAAAUGUUAAGUGGUUCAGCUUCGAAAUGGUUAAAAAUACCAAGUUUGUACUGUAUACAUCAAGAGUUGGAGGCAUCUAUUCUGUACAUUUUGGCACGUGUUUUGUAGUACUGACAUAGAUUACAUUUUAGCAAAUUAAGGAUUUUUUAAAUUUGUAGAAGCUUUAUCUGGUCAAACUGCCUUCGUGGUAAGAGUUAUUGUGGCCACUGUGUAUUGUGACAUCGUAAAUGUGUUCAGGAGAAUUCAGUCUAUUGAUUGUUUUAAGCAAAAUCAAAUCUGUUCCUUUAGGAAAUCUUCACCAACAUGUACAAUGUCAGCACACACACACAGAUCAGAAGAGUCACUGCCUGUUUUUUAAGUUGUUGCUUGCAAACAAAGGGCUUUCUAUUCAAAAUGCAUUGAUAUUUCUAUUAAUUACGUAAAAAGACUUUUAACUAUUUGUUUUCAAGAUGUCAAACAUUUCCAACCAGCCACUUUUGACUGAUAACUGAAGAAGCCCUUUCGAUAUUUAACUUGAGUUAUAAAUAUCACAUGAAAGAAAGUUGGGGAAAAGUCAGUCUACACACAUAAAAGGUGCUUAUUUUUUAUCUGAAUCAUUCUCUUUGUUCUAUAUUGUGUUUGGUUGAGAUUUUUCAUUUGAAAGUUUUAUUCUAAAACCACAUUGGAAAUAUGAGACAAGCUAUUUAGGUUGAUGCUAUAAUUUGGUUUUUUUUUGAUAGAAUGUUUGAAAAUUCUGUGUUACAUCAGAUUAAACAAAAUCUGUGCAUUAUCCCUGCAAAGGUGGAAAUCUCAAAGGGGAUUUGUUCAGGUCAUUUUUUUUUUCUACAUUAAAAUAUAGGUUAAAUGCUCUCUUUGAGAUCUUUUCUCACAUCUCACUUCUUAGAACAUGUAGCAACUAGUUCUGCCUUGAAAGAAGACUUCUGUCCUGACUUUAGGCAUUCUACACAACAGCUGGUCCUUCAAAUAGGAAUCAUUACUAUAUUACUGGGACUGUCAUCAAGUGGUCACGAAGGCAAGGUGAUCAUUAAGACAAUUUCAGGCGUGAUGAAAGAAUAAGUUUAUAAUUGCAGAGUUACCAGUUUGAUAUAAUAAGGAAUGACUGAAUCUUCUACCAGGCUACUUUGACCUUCAGAGAUGCACGGGUAUAGACAUGUUGGUAGAGUUGGCUUUAGCUAUUGACCCAACUAAACUUAUUUAACUUUUAACAAUUUUUCUCAAACAUCUGACAGUAUCUCCCCAGUGCUGUUCUGGGCUUCUGCUCAAAACUGUUGCCAUGAUAGGGUUAAUGUUAACCUAAUGUCCAGGAUUCAUAGAAUUAACUUCAUCCCUCACUUCCUUACAAUCCUCAAGAAUGUUAAAGGGGUGUGCAAAUUGUUGAUAGUCUCUAAUUUGACUGUCAGGUUCCAUUAGAAGUAUUUGUCAGGAAGAUGGUAUAAUUGAAAAUUAUUCUAAGUAACAUACUGGAUUGCUUUGUGGCUAGUUUGUAUUUGAGUGACAGAACUAAAAAAUAAGGUGCUUCAGAACUCUCAGCACCUGAUUCCCUGAUUAUCUUAAUAUAAAUCGAAACUAAUAAAACAUGAGUCAUCUUGUGUUAAUAGGUGGCACAUGUGAAAUGAUAUUGAUAGAUUUUUGUUUGGUGUUUGAAACUUUCUGCCAAAAUGAAGGAUUAUAGAACUGGGGAAACAAAUGCUUAUCCACUUUUCCACUCUCCAGCAUGUGAUGUCAGUAUCAUACACCUUUAGGUCAACUUUAUCACUGUCAUAAAUUACACUGCCCAAAGAAUGUGCCUUAAGCCAACUUCAGAAGAGGACCUUCUAAUAUGCCAGGCUGAUUUUCUUUUCACUUUGCAUACUUGUCACCCUCAUGCCAGCUUUUCAGUAAGGAAGUCAGUUCCGUGCCAAAUUGUAGGGAGUUUGUACUCGGUGUGUAUUUCCAAGUGUGGCUGACUAAUUUCCUAAAUUAUGUUUGUCUUAAUUAGGGGCUUUAAUUCACUGACAAUGGUUCAAUGUAAGUGCAUGUGCCUAUAAGAGCUGUAAGUGGACAAUGGUGCAUUGUUAAAUGAGCAACUCCUGGUCCACAGUCAAGAUUAUAAGGAGUCUCUGAAUGAUUAAACCUGUUUAGUGCCAAAUUGUGUAUAGCUUUGCACUGCAGAGCUAUUCUGACUCAGAACUAGAUAGUGAAUGCCCAAAUGAUUGUAGGCAGAAGAGACGUGGUUUAUCCUACUAAUCUCAGUUAGACUAAACUCAGUUUCUAGAGAGGAAAGGGUGAUGUGCUAUUAAGCUUCUCCAGAAGCAACCUUGGAAUGAGCCAAAAUAUUCAGCAUGUUCUACAUCUUGCUAUCUUGUACAUUACAUGUUACGUAUGCUUAAAGAUUGAUUUCCAUUUUGAUUGUCCAUUCUGGUGUUCUGAGGCAGAAAUCUAAUCUGAACUUUGAAAUUACUCAAUUAGGGUGCAUCUUUGAAGCCAAAGUCAUGGUCUGUGAUGAUCUUAAUGAUUUAGGGUUCAACCGCAUCAAUAACAGCCACCAAAAAAAAGAUAAACCUUCAAACUACCCUUGUUGCCAAAUGUUAAAGAGUAUGGGAAAAUUCCACUGGUUUAAGCACCAUUUUCUUCUCCUUUUACCUCUUUGGCGUAGAACUUUGCAAUACACGUACUGAGUAAUAGCUUCAUCUGUAUCUUUAGACCUCUGCAGUGUUGUAAUGAACUUGCAAUCUAUUAUGGUCCUAGCUUUGAAUCAGGUUGAUAAGUUGUUUAGUUAAGCCAAAUAUAUUUAUGGAACACUGUUAUAGCAAUAAUCACUGUAAGGUGAAUACUUCAAAAAAAUUCAACUUGUUCUCACCUGAAAAUAUGGGCUAGGUUCAGUUUAUACUAAGAUGCACUCUUAUCAGCUCAGCGAGAAGGCACUCCCCGAAUACUGUAUCAGAAUUAGUAACAUGCAAGUUCAUUUUGGGACAUAAUUGAAAUAUCAACAAAAUUAAAUGUCUGUAACAAGUGGCAAAAUGUGUCAGAUGCUGAUACAGUAUAGGUCAAUUAAUUAAUAUGUUUAAUUAAGCUUAGACUCUAAUCAGCUGUCAGUCCCCUUACUCAAGCACAAAACAUUUGAGUACAUUCACUAAAUUCUGAUUCAGUCUUGCACAUUUGUACUGUUGCACUCUAUGAUAAAAGAAUUCUCAAUUUAUUUCUCUAAAAUGCCAUUGUGAUGUGAGCUUAAAUAUUACAUAGCAUUGGAAAAAAUGUCUGUAGACCUUAGAAGCAUUUGUUUAAUGUUUUAGGCUGUAAAUUGAUUCUGUUUUGUUUUGAACGUGGUUUAGAUUUGGUGCAGCAGACAUCAAUGGAAUAAAAAGACAUCUUAUAUAUUUUGA